CUGACGAAAAUAAAGAGAAAAAGUGCUGGAGCAAAGAAACACAAUACAAUUUCCAUUUCGAUUUCCCAAUUCCCUGCGCAUAACCCGUGGGCCAGGAAUACGACUUUAGCUGCGGGGCCCCGACAAUUAGAUGUGUUCCCAGUUGUAGUGCCACGCCUCCCGCGAGACCCCGCCCCCCCCAAAAAAGGUUGCUACCAUCGAUAAACGAAGAGGCGCUUAAGGUGUUCAGGAAAUAGAAGAAAAAGCAAUAGAGCGAGAUGGCUGGCCAACAGCUCGCGGCCCUAAAUAUAAAUCCAAAUCCAAGUCCCAGCAACUCCCCGAAAUCCCUAUACGACCUAUCGCUGCAGUGCCUCAUCGGGAGUAUGAACACCAAGGUCCCGGCGCUGGACAGGAUUAGCCGCCUGGCGGAACUGCCGCGCAACCUGCUCAUCGAUGUCUACGAAAUGAUGUCGCAGCAGGAGUCCUUGAAGGACACACUGCUGGAGGAGCUUGUCAAGCUGGAGGUGUUCUCGCGACUCGUUCGCUACUCUGCUGCCCGCAGCAAGUUGCUGCGCAUAAUGGCCUCACUGAUGGCCAGCAAAAAGAUGCUGGCCAGCCGCCUUAGCGAAAACUAUGUGUCGCGCUAUGGAGUCCCCGGACAGGAGGAAGAGGAAGUGCCACUGUUGAAGGCGGAAAAGAUUAGCCAGGAUCAGGCAGCAUUGGAGAACCGCUCCUCGGAUCUAGACCAGCUGCUUAUCUAUGAUAUACAGACGGGCGCCAGCAUUAGUCCCAGUUCCAGUUCUUUCGAGCGCCCUUCCCAAUGCAUGUCCAUACAGGAACCCCAAUCCCCGGUGCCAUCCCUGGCCGAACUCACGCUGUAUAACAAGGCUGCCGUCGAGGAGUUGCCCGCCGAGGAGUUGCGGGCCAUCGACCUGGGCCUGCGCCUCGGAUCGUUCCUCUCGGAGGCCGGGUGGAUGCAGGAGAGCAUUACCGUUCUGGCAUGCCUCAAUGGAAGACUGAAGCACCUGCCGCCCCACAAACACUGGCUGGAGAUGCGUCUCGACUGCCUGCAGCGCCUCCUAUACGCUGAAUCGGCCCAUUGCAAUUUCAAGCUGGCCCAGCGCACCUAUGACGAACUGGUCGGCCUCAACAAAUCGAUCCAUAGCCGUGUGCCUGGCCAGCUGGUGGCCAUAGCCUAUACCCAGAUUUCGGCCAUGUACUUUGCCCGCAACGAGUACAACUACAGCCAUAUAUGGAGCGGUCUGGCCAUGCAACACCUGAGGGGAUCUGCGCCACCGCGUAUCAUCAUCGAUGUUCUGCGACAGGCGGCCAAGGCCUGUGUCGUCAAGAGGGACUUUGCUCGGGCCAAUCUGCUCAUCUGCCAGGCGGUGCGUCGCGCUCGCGAACAUUUUGGACUUACGCAUCAGAAGUACGGCGAUGCCUUGCUGGACUACGGAUUUUUCCUACUCAACGUGGACUCUGUGUUCCAGUCGGUCAACGUGUACAAGGAAGCGCUGGCCGUGCGUCGCGGCAUCUUUGGCAACAUGAACUUCCACGUGGCCAUUGCCCACGAGGACUUGUCGUACGCCUACUAUGUACACGAGUACAGCACGGGUGACUUUAGCUGUGCUCAGGAUCACGUGGACAAGGCUGUGAACAUAAUGAAGAAUCUGGUGCCCAGCAAUCACCUAAUGUUGGCCUCGGCGAAGCGCGUAAAGGCGCUGCUGCUGGAGGAGAUUGCGUUGGACAAGAUGGCCGAUGGCAUGGAUGAGGAGGAUCUGCUGCUGCAGUCCGAGGAGCUGCACAAUUUCGCCCUGCUCCUAUCCCUUGAAGUGUUCGGCGAGGUGAAUGUGCAGACGGCGAAGCACUAUGGAAAUCUGGGGCGUCUAUACCAAACGAUGAACCGCUUUGAGGAGGCGGAACGUAUGCACCAAAAGGCAAUCAAAAUCAAGACUGAUCUGCUAGGUGCCUUCGACUACGAGGUGGGCUUGUCCAUCGGCCACUUGGCUUCACUGUAUAACUACCAGAUGAAGAAGUACCGAGAUGCCGAGAAGCUCUACCUGCGCAGCAUUGACAUAAGCCUGCGUCUGUUUGGUCACUCGUACUCGGGCCUGGAGUACGAUUACCUGGGUCUGUGCCACGUCUACGAAACGCUGCACGACUUUGAGAAGUAUUUGAGGUAUGCGCACACACUGGAGAACUGGCAGAUGCUGCGUGGCCAGAAUCUAACUCAAAAUAAGUCCAGCUACCCCGCCAUCGAGGUGGACUAUUCCAUCGAGGAAGUCAGAAGCAAGUUCUUCAACAUGUGUGUCUGCAAGAACAGUCCGACUCGUUCGGCGCCAGUGGAAUCAGACGCGAGUCCCAACUGAGAUGGGGUUUCGGGAGUGGGAGCGGUAGUGGAAAUGGAAAUGGUAGCGAAUGUGGAAGAGGAGGAGGUUACAGUUGCACCCGCACUAGCAAUAGCAAUCGCAAUCGCACCCACACCCCCGGCAUCGGAUGGCACAAACUGGAGGGCAAACUGCAGCAGGAGCGGCAACGGUGACAGAGGCGGCAACAUCUGCAGUUUGUCCUAGAUAAGAGAUUCGCAUAAGUUAACCCACGUUGUUUCGACGGGAAAGAGGGAGGAGCAUCAAGGAUCGACCCGUGUGUUCUACAAGAAUAUGUCUAAGUAUAGUUAAAUAGCAUAGCUCGAUCGGCGCCGCCUUAUAUUCACCCGCGUUCUGUUUAAUGUUUAUAUUUUGUUGUCCAUUUCCAUCGAAUAUGCCCAUGCCCUGCAUCAGCUAAGCCCUAUAUAUAUAUAUAUAUAUAUAUAUACUAUACAUAUGUAUUAAGUCGUACCGAGUGUGGGUCAGUUCAGCAAGUGUUCCGUUGUGUUCCAGCCAUCAUCGAAUACGUCCAGUACCCUUAGUACCACAGUUUUCGAGGAAACCCAGUCCUGUCAGUCCUUUUUCAGUCAGAUGAGAACCUAGGCUAAGAUGUAGUAGUAUUGUUGGAGCUUCGGUUAACCGGUUGAGACCGGGAGAUCGUUGAGCUGAUAGUUUUUUAAUGUAUUCCCCGCGUUUUGGCCCAUGUACAAAUGCUUAAGUUUUAAUGGAUUUCCGCGUCUUAUAA